AUGGCAGACCCUGCUGGGAUUGGGAUGCCUGCGGUGGGGUUGGGCUGCUGGAAAGCUGAGAAGGGUGUAACAGAAGAGGUCGUAUACAAUGCGAUCAAGGUUGGCUACCGUCAUAUUGAUAGCGCGGCCGACUACGGAAACGAGAAGGAGGUGGGCGCAGGAAUCCGCCGGGCUAUUCAAGAAGGCUUGUGCACUCGCGGAGACUUGUGGGUCACGUCGAAGCUGUGGAACACCUACCACAGAAGAGAGCAUGUUCCCUUGGCGUGCCAGCGCACUCUUGAUGAUCUUGGACUAGACUACCUGGACCUCUACCUCAUCCACUUCCCGAUCUCGCUAGCUUUCGUGCCAUUCGAUCAGUGCUAUCCGCCAGAGUGGACUGACAAACCAGGGAAUGCGGGCCACAUGAUCUUGGAUCCUGUGCCAUACCGCGAAACCUGGGAAGCGAUGCAGACGCUGCAAGAAAGUGGCAAAGCGAAGCACAUCGGAGUUAGCAACCUGACCGCGCAGUCCCUGAUGGACGUGCUGUCCUACUGCAAGAUAAAGCCAGCCGUCAACCAGAUUGAGAGCCACGUCUAUCUGCAGCAGCCAGGGCUGGUGGCCUUCUGCAAGGCGCACAACAUUGGGGUGACUGCGUUUUCACCACUCGGGGCGAAGUCCUACGUAGGGAUCGGUUUGGCGACAGCUGAAGAAGACUGCUUCCUGGAGCCAGCUCUGAAAUCCAUUGCAGAUACGCAUGGCAAGACCGUCGGACAAGUAGUUCUGCGCUUUCAAGUGCAGAGAGGGUGCUCAGUGGUCCCAAAAAGCCAGAGCAUCGACAGAAUGAAAGAGAAUCUGGACGUUUUUGGGUUUGAGUUAUCUGCAGAGGAGAUGCGGGCAAUAGAAGGACUUGAGCGCAACCGACGCUUCAAUGAUCCUGGCGUUUUCGCGCGCGGCUGGGGUGCCCCAGGCUCUACAAUUGCUCUGGUUGGCCACCCGAUUUACGCUUGA